GGCGGCGGCGGCUGCUCUAUAGAAGCGAAUCUGUGAUUGAGCUGCAUGUGGAGCCUGAAGGGUGGACGGAGGACCUAUGGAGGGCGCAGCUCGGCGUGGCCUCCGACCGCGGCUGCCGUCAUAAAGUGCUUGCAUGCAUCACCCCCUCAAGGAAGUUUUAAGUGACUCGUAGAUGAGCUGCCCAGCCUUCAAUCAGGAGACCUGGAGAAUGUGUGCAUGUCCAGUAUAAUUCACCUAAUCGCCUUCUGUACGAAAGAAGGAGGCAAAUCCCAUCUACUGAUUUGUUGACUCAGUCGGGCCUGUUAGAAGCAAGUCAGGAGCACGGAGGAAUUUCUCCCUCCCCCUCUUCAGGGCUAACCCCUCUCUUUGUCUACAGGAUAAAAGAUGCCUGUGACUGACCAGGCCUUUGUGACCCUUGGUACCAAUGAUGCUUACUGCCAUGGAGCUCUGGUUCUUGGGCAGUCCUUGAGGAACCACAGGACAUCCAGAAUGCUGGCAAUACUAAUCACACCCCAAGUCUCCAGAGUAAUGAGAGCUGUCCUCAGCAACAUAUUUGAUUCUGUGGUUGAUGUGGAUGAAAUCGAUAGUAAAGAUGCGGUGUGCUUGGCUCUGCUGAAUAGGCCAGAACUGGGUGUAACCUUUACCAAGCUUCAUUGCUGGACACUUACUCAAUAUAGCAAAUGUGUCUUCAUGGACGCAGACACUUUGGUACUGUGCAAUGUUGAUGAGCUGUUUGAUCGGGAAGAACUCUCAGCUGCUCCUGAUUCUGGCUGGCCAGACUGCUUUAACAGCGGCGUCUUUGUUUUCCGUCCUUCUUUAGAAACCUUCAACCUCCUCCUGCAGUUCGCGAAUGAGUGUGGUAGCUUUGAUGGAGGCGAUCAGGGACUGUUAAACAGGUUUUUCAGUGACUGGGCGACAACGGAUAUUAGCAAACACUUGCCAUUUCUCUAUAACCUGAGCAGCAAUGCUGUCUACACAUAUGCCCCUGCGUUCCGAUAUUUUGGCAAAGAUGCAAAGGUAGUCCAUUUCUUGGGAUCAGCAAAGCCAUGGAGCUACAGAUACAAUCUUCAGACAAAAACUGUUUUAGAGAAUGGCUCGGCAUCAGUAUCUGAAAGUCAGCGUUCCUUUCUUGAACUCUGGUGGGAGACAUACAGUUCCAGUAUAUUACCCUUACUGGAAAAAAAUCAGGAAUCGCAUGAGUCGGAGCUCCAGAAAGAAGAGCUGGACUUGAGUGAAAAUCAAACUGAAUUUGAAGAAGGAUCUUUUAUCUCCAGCUAUCCUUUGCCUAUGUCAAUAGAUACAGAACAUGUAAUAGAAACUCCUGUAGAUUCGUCUGCUGAAUUCUCUGCCAAUAAUCAGCUUGUACAGAACGUGGAGAGCAAUCAUGAUAUCACAGUUGCUGAGCCCAGCCAGUCAUCCACACUGCCUGUCGUCCAGCCUGUCCUUCAACAAACUGUAGAAAUAGUGGGUGGAACAUUCCACUUUGGCACCUGUGAAAAAGAGAAUACACAGGAAGAGGUUACCAGCUCUGUUUCAGAGCUUUCUAUUCAACCAGAACCAGAACCACCAAGUGCAGAAGAUCAACGAAGAAAAUGGGAGGAAGGCCACAUUGAUUAUCUGGGAAAGGAUGCCUUUGAAAACAUUCAAAAAAAGUUGGAUUCUUUUUUAUUAUAG